CAAAUUCAAUAAACAACUAAUCUCCCUCAAUUUCCCGUCAAAAGCAAACCAGAAAAUCAGAAGUGAUUCUCGGGAAGAUGUCGAUCUUCGAGUACAAUGGUAGUGCCCUAGUGGCCAUGGUGGGUAAGAACUGUUUCGCCAUCGCAAGUGAUCGGAGGCUCGGUGUUCAGCUUCAGACUAUCGCCACCGAUUUUCAGAGGAUAUACAAGAUUCACGACAAGCUUUUCAUUGGUCUUUCUGGCCUCGCUACUGAUGCCCAGACACUCUAUCAACGGCUCGUGUUCCGGCACAAGUUAUAUCAGCUUCGAGAAGAGAGGGACAUGAAGCCUGAGACAUUUGCCAGCUUAGUCUCUGCUAUUUUAUACGAGAAAAGGUUUGGUCCAUACUUCUGCCAGCCUGUAAUUGCUGGAUUAGGAGAUGAUGACAGACCUUUCAUUUGCACAAUGGAUUCAAUUGGAGCAAAGGAACUUGCAAAAGAUUUUGUUGUUGCAGGCACUGCAUCUGAGUCUCUAUAUGGUGCUUGUGAGUCGAUGUUUAAGCCUGACAUGGAACCAGAGGAAUUAUUUGAGACCAUCUCCCAAGCACUGCUUUCUUCUGUUGAUCGUGACUGUUUAAGUGGCUGGGGCGGACAUGUCUAUGUUGUCACGCCAACUGAAGUAAAGGAAAGGAUCUUGAAGGGAAGAAUGGAUUGACCUUUAAGCCCCUCGCUCAUUUCCUAUCCUCUUUCGACUGCUGAGUUCAGGAGCUGGAUGGGAGAUAUCAUUUGCUGGCCCCUGGUGUCAUUGAGUACUUUGUUACAGUCGCAGUUAAAAGAAUGUUCGAGAUCGCUUAAUUUGGUCCUGCAUGUUGUGAAUUAAAUUAAUUACUCUGUUCGACUUUGUUUGCUAGUCAAUACUGGCUUGCAAAGCGCGAUAACGAUACAACAUUGGUUUUUCUCUUGCCCUAUAAUAUAAUUGUACUUUAUUUUGAUCA